GAAUGAAGCUUCUGGAACCAUGGAAGUUAGCCCUUAUUGGUCUGGCCGUCGUGUUCUUUAUGGCACUAGUCAUCGGUCUGCUUGUAUAUUUUUUGCUCUUUGGUAAGUGCGACAGUCUUGCUAUCAUGGGUGAAUUGUACGUGCUGGGAGUUUACUGUUGUGAUCUUUAUGUGAUGUACAAAGGAUGGAAUUCACCCCAGGGCGUGACCAAUACAUUUCGAGCCUCCAUUUUAAAUAAGAAGUACAUCAGGUCCCAUGUUGUCAAGCUGAGCCCAGAUGCCAGCGGAGUGGUGGUAGAGCUUGUGCUGAUGUUUGAAUUCGCCUCAAAUGAUAACAGAGCGGCUCUCUCAGAAAGAAUCAAGAGCAUUUUGCUUAGGCGGUUGCAGACAAACACAGGGCCCUUGGAAAUUGACCCCUCAACUUUUAAAUUCUCAGGGAUGAAGAAGGAAAAUGGAGAAAACCUUUUCAACAACUGUUGUGGGAUACGAGGAAGUAAAUCACCUUCCUACACGGACAGAAUAACCGGAGGCGUGUCUGCCCAGGAUGGCGAGUGGCCAUGGCAAGCUAGUCUUCAGCUGAACGGUAUCCAUCGCUGUGGCGCAACGCUGAUCAGUGACACGUGGCUUGUCACUGCAGCUCACUGCUUUAGAGGACAACUGAAUCCCCUUAGGUGGACGGCUAGCUUUGGGACUGUUCUAAGACCUCCAAAAAGCAGAAGAUCUGUCCGCAACAUAAUCAUUCAUGAAAAAUACACUAAUACCAGUCCAAACCACGAUUAUGACAUCGCUGUUGUGCAGCUCUCCUCCCCCGUGGAAUUUACCAGCGACAUACGCAUGGUCUGUCUCCCCGAAGAAUUUUACGUCUUCCCACAUGACACUACCUGCUUUGUCACGGGAUGGGGCGCUUUACAGAAUCAAGGUCCAAGCAUUAAUAAUCUUCGGCGAGGGGAAGUGAAGAUCAUAGGCACGGACAUUUGCAAUAGAGCAGAAGUGUACAAUGGGGCCAUCAAGCCUGGGAUGGUGUGUGCUGGAUACUUGGAGGGGAAAAUAGAUGCCUGCCAGGGUGACUCCGGUGGCCCCCUGGUCACUGAAGAUCGUAGAGGAAUCUGGUACCUUGUUGGAAUAGUGAGCUGGGGAGACGAAUGUGCUAAACCAAAUAAACCGGGCGUCUACACUCGAGUGACUUACUAUCGGGAUUGGAUUGCCGCAAAAACUGGCAUCUGAAGGAGUCACAAGUGGGUUACACUGCACAGGCUGGGUAUACAAGCCAGGAACUUCAAAACACUCUUUACCAGUCUAUGCUCUGUUUACCGUCCAAAGCAAGUGCCGGCUUAGCUUGUGGGGAUAUUCCUACCACUCAGGGACUCGUCUCUGCACUGAAUUGCUCUGGCCUGUCAGAGGAGAGGAACAGACUCAUUCUAACUUGCACAAGGAGCACAAACUACUGACCGAUUUACCACUUAGGAAAGUGCAUCUACUGCUUCCAGGAAAGGCAGGUUAUUCUGCAUCCUCAGCCCAGGACUGAGAAUAACCCUGCUUUCCACCCUCUGUGCUACUCACUUCCCGCUGGGAUCAGAUGUCUUGGCCACCGUGUUCCAGGCUGAGCAGAACGUCCCCCUGGUUGGAGCCCAUCCAUGCAAAUCGUCAGUCACCUGGACAGGCUGCAAUUGAGCCACAGCAUUUCCCUCCAGUUGCCGAGUGCCUGGCCUCCUGCAUCACCCCACCACAGCGGUGGAAAUCAACCAAAGUUUACUCCAUGGCAGCACAGGGCAUUAGCAGUAGGCCACGGCACUUGACUUUAAACUGUACCAUCACUACUGGCAUCAGAACCAUGUUAGAACCAAAGGCAGGUAGCAUUGUCUUCUCCUGCAGCACGACAUGGGGCCGUGUCACUGAGCACUUUCUACUGGCGGUACUCAACGGAUGGCAGUACUCAACGGAUGGCCCAGGGAGGCCACUUGUGAACUGGGUCACGCCACACACAGAAAUCCUUGGCCAGUGUGUAAUUAACAUUUAGAGCUACCCUCCAGCAAUGAGAAACCCCAAAAGAGAAGAACACCCACCUCCAACGUGGCUGAACUUCCUGGGGGAGGAGCUUUGACCCAGGAGACCGCACUUACUGAUCAUGUACAUUGCAGUAGUGCCUAAGACCCAACCAAGAAUAGAAGACAGUCCCUGCCCCAAAGUGCUCACAGUCUAAAUAACCCCUUAGUCUCUCCUUCCUCCCUCCCCUCAGGAAGCAAAGUAGAGUCUGUAUCCCUUUGCUGGGCACCAAUCGGGAUACAGGCUAGUCCUUCCACUCCUCAUUCCAAAUAGCCAUUUCUCCUGUGCCUUUUAAAAAAACCCCAAUACUCUACUUCUCACUACUGUGGAGCAGAGCCAUGUGCAGGUGUGUCAAGCACACGUGCUCUGCACUGGGCAUCCAGCGAAUCCCCAUAGCUUCCCCCAUGCCUCACCUUAAGUCUGCCCCCUGGGGAGCUGAGCAACCCUGUCACUCGCUAGAUCGCCAACAAGUUGCUAGAUCAAUGAGGUCCCACAUCCAGCCGUCACCCAUACACGCCAGAGGAGAGAGAAAUCAACAGAGGAAAUGCCGGGUUGCAGACAGCUGCAUCCAGUCCAGUGCUACCAGCCACAGCUACCUCAUACACCAGACAAAAAACACCACCUUCAACCUCAUGCCAAUCCUUGGAAGAUCUGGGGUCAAUGAACCCAUCACCACGCACAAUCAUCACCAGUAAACCUCCUACCUGCUCUUACCACUGGCACUUUAAUGCAUUUCUAGGUUGAUGUGUCUCAUGCCCUUGAGCCCCAGUAAGAGGCUCUGCUGUUUUUCAGGGCUCUGUUUUAUGCAGUACAUGAAAACCAGCAUCUCUGAGGGAGCCUCCUUAUGUUCCGCCCAGCGACCAUCAUAAUCACUGUAGCAGAACGUAGCUUCACAAACAUACUGCAUAAUACAGGCUACUUGACUGCGAGAUACAAAGGGCAAAUCUGAUUCUUCUGGUGAUAAGUCAUCUUUCUAGGAAGGCGAUCUAAUUUGUGAAUCUACGUGUAGAGACCCCCCCUAUGCAAGUGAGUGUGAACUAGUUGGCAAAGUACUUUGGGCUGAGAUUUCCAAGGGGUCUAAAGGAGUUGGGCACCCAAAUCCCACUGAAUUUCGAUGACAUACCUAACUCCCUUAGGCUCUCUUAGGCCUUAGCGCUGAUUGUGCCCAGAAAUCAGGUAACCGGCUGUCUAAACGGGCUAAUUUACCUCCAUAAUUUUGCACCUGCCGUUGAUUGUUGGUGCAAAAUCAGAGGCUGGGUUGAGACCCUUUAAAAACCAGGCCCUAAUAUUUCAUAUCUAAUAAAAGGUUGAAUUGGAAACCAUUCUAGAAGGUCAUAGACAAGGCUGAAAAGGUUACAGCAAAAGGUGCCACUAACAGGGUGCCCAAGCUGAGAGCCCCUAGGGCCUAAUUUUCAUUAGUGCCGAGCACCCAUGACUCCAGUUGAAGUCAAAAGGGCCUGCGAAAGCAGAGUCCUCUCGAGAUGGGCACCAAAAGACUGAAGCACCCAAAAUCGGUCGUCUUAAUGACCGGUCCCUAUCCUACAGUGAGAGCAGUGGGUUUAAUCCUACUCCCUUGGAUGGAAUGUUACCGGGAUCGGAUUCUAUCAGCUCAAUCCUGUAAAGACUCACGUAAGCGUGCAUUGUGAGUAGCCCUAUUGAAGUCAAUGGGACUAGUCACAGAGCAUAACUUUGAGCAAGUGAGUAAGUCUUUGCAGGAUCAGGGCCCUUGUAUGCAAUCCGGUUUUUGGAGGAAAGGAAGCAGUUUAGUUUUUUCAGAAAUUUUCCCUGUGAGAAAGUGCGGAAAACCAAAGCAGCCCAAGGAGGCAACAUGUCCAUAAAAUUCAGGGCCUUACUGACUAGCUGGGUUAAUAGUUGGAUUGUUUGCCUCCUAUGUCUCUCUAGCUGAUAAGUUCUUGCCUGUUUUUGAAGCCAGGGUCAGUAUCUGUCCUAGAACACAUUGUCAGAAAAAGGGAAUCCAUGUCAGAACUAAAGAUGGAACGGCAAAUAUCUUUUGAUAUGAUCCAUGGUGGAAAAGAGGAGUGGUGUCAAA